AUGAGCAUUUCCCAGCUGAAACCGCUUGACACGACAAAAAUGUUUGGUCUUUCUCUUCUUCUCACACAGAUCAAAUCCGCACCUUUCAUUGUUUUUGACAAGAAGUUAUCAUCGGUCAGCGGCAAAGUUGGUGAACCAAUCAAUUGCUACUAUGUUAUCAUUAACCAAGGCGAUUCCACAGUUACAGAUCUUUCUAUUGUUGAAAACGGCAUUCCAUCCGAGGCCUGGUCAUUCAGCGGCGACUCAUCAAUUUUGUCAUGGAAGUCACUUAAACCAGGCGAAAAUAUCACGCACAUCUUCCCAAUCACACCCACUAAGUCCGGCAAUCUUCAGAUCAUGCCAUCUACAAUGAUUUACUACGAUGGCAACGAGAAGCAGAAGCACUUAUCCUCUAUGAUUCCAUUCAUUGAGAUCAAGGGUUCACGUUCUAUUGGUGCACGUGCCAACCUUCAAGGCUACUGCUUGUUUAUUGUUGCUGCUGCCUCUUCUGUUCUUGUUCCACUUCUUCUUUGGUGGGUUUCAAGGAAAGGCGUUUCAACAACAACAAAGCCAAAGACAAACUAG